GUGUUUGGAGUGAUGCAUCCUCGUGGGUGAAACGCAGAUCCCACAAAUCCGGGUGGCCAUGAGGGAUGGCCGCCGCCGCCGCCGCCGCCGCAAGGAUUCCCCACGGGUACCCCCGCCGGAGCGCGAUAUUGACGCUGUUCCGGACGAGCUUCUCGAGCUGGUGUUCCUGCGCCUCACCUCGCCCGUCCACCUCGUCCGCGCCGCGAGCACCUGCAGGCGAUGGCGCAACGUAAUCGCGGGCGACGGCGGCCGCUUCCUCCGCCGGUUGGGCUCUCUCCACGGCGCGUCGUGCGACCACGUUGUCGGGCACUACCGCGUCGACGAGCGCUACGGCUACCCGCGUCCGCCUGGCCUUAACCCCGUAUUCGUCCCGUCCCCCUCCUCUUCCUCGCCGUGGGCGGACACCGUCGCCGCUCGGAACCUCGCGCUGGACUUCCUCCCGCGUGUGGAAUUUGGCGAUUGCGGCUGGGAGCUGGCCGACAUACGGGGCGGCCUUCUGCUCCUCUUCCACCCGGAGCUGGCGCCAGGCCUCAUCAUCUGCGAUCCCUUGAGGCGAUGCUACAGGGCGAUCCCUCGUUCGGCGUGGUUCCACGGCUACCAGAUGCUGGGUGCUUUCCUCUUCGACGGCGAGGAGGAGGACGAGGACGAGGACGACGAGGAGGAGGACGACGACGCGGCAGCAGGCAUCAGCCUGUCAAACUUCAGGGUGACAUGCGCGCUUUUUCGCCUUGGGGACCGCAACGCCAGGGCCUGCGCCUUCUCAUCCGCCGGCGGCGGCUGGACCUCCGGGGGCGCACGUAGCAGCAUACCAGUCUGCCGCGACAGGGAGUUGGCCCCCAUCUAUUUCACAGGGAGCGGCAAGCGGUUCACCUACUGGACGGUCGGAGAUAAUACUGUUCUUGCUCUGGACAAGGACGGCGCCGGACUCAUUUCUGGUUUCGUGCCGGACGACAGACAGUACGCCGUGCUCCGGGACAAGCGCCACGCCGCAGAGUACGCGUAUCAGCUGCCAUGGCCACCUACUAUCGAAGCUUGCGUAUCCUAGCUGCAUUGGUGGGCUGUGGAUUGGCCAUGGCGUUGUCCCAGGUUCUCAAUUCCUCAACUUGCCGUUUAUCGUCAGGAUCCUAUAGAGGAACCGUGUGCCUGUUAUAGGCAUCAAGUGGCAAACAGUUUCAGAUGAUGUAUUGCGCUUGCUUGUAUUCGUUUACAAGUUCACUUCAUUGGGUUGUUUCUUGUUGCUGUUUUGAACAUUUAUCUGUUCUUAAGAUUACUUUCUUAAAUUUAGAACUGUUUGUAUCUGUUUUGAACAUUAAUCUGUCUUCAGGUUACUUUCAUAAAACUGAAAUUGGUUGUUUGGAGAA